AAACGUACCAGUCUCGCCCAACAACGAAUUAAACGCCUGUCUGCUGUCUGUCUCUCGGCUCAGGUCAUGGAGUUUGCAGAGCUGAUAAAGACACCCCGGGUGGACGGUGUUGUUUUACAUCGGCCUUUUAUGCCCACUGUGGAGGGGACACUGUGUCUGACUGGUCAUCACCUGAUCCUGUCCUCCAGACAGGACAACACAGAGGAGCUGUGGCUGCUUCACUCAAACAUCGACUCAAUAGAGAAGAGAUUCGUAGGCUCUCUAGGAAGCAUCAUAGUGAGAUGCAAAGACCUUAGGGUGAUUCAGCUUGACAUCCCUGGCAUGGAGGAGUGCCUCAACAUUGCCAGCUCUGUUGAGGCUCUGUCCACACUUGACUCAGUCUCCUUGAUGUAUCCUUUCUUCUACCGGCCCAUGUUUGAAGUAAUUGAGGACGGCUGGAACUUAUUUCUCCCAGAGGACAUUUUUAAAGAUCUAGAGUCCAUGACUGAUGAGUGGAGACUAAGUGAAGUCAACAAGGACUUCAGCGUGUGUCCAUCAUACCCCCCUCUAGUGGCCGUGCCUAAAGAUGUUGACGAUGAGACGCUGAAGAAAGUAGCCACCUUCCGUCACAGUGGCCGUUUUCCAGUCUUGAGCUACUACCACAAGAAAAAUGGCAUGGUGAUGAUGCGAGCAGGGCAGCCUCUCACUGGCACUAAUGGAAGACGUUGUAAGGAAGACGAAAAGCUGAUAAAUGCCACCCUGCGGCCAGGCAAACGUGGCUACAUCAUCGACACGCGCACCAUCAAUGUUGCUCAGCAAGCAAAAGCUCGAGGUGGAGGAUUUGAGACAGAGGCAAACUACCCACAGUGGAGAAGGAUCCACAAGGCAAUAGAGAGGUCAAACAUCCUCCAGGAGAGCCUGAUAAAGCUUGUAGAGGCGUGUAAUGACCAGUCCCACAGUAUGGACCGCUGGUUAAGUAAAUUAGAGGCUUCCAACUGGCAGACUCAUGUCAAAGAGAUCCUCACAACGGCCUGCCUGGCUGCUCAGUGUAUUGACAGAGAGGGAGCAUCAGUACUUGUCCAUGGCACAGAGGGCACAGACUCCACUCUGCAGGUGACCUCUCUGGCUCAGAUCAUCCUUGAUCCUGCCUGCAGAACCAUCAGAGGAUUCCAGGGUUUGGUGGAGAGAGAAUGGCUCCAGGCGGGUCAUCCGUUCCAGCAGCGCUGCGCUCAGUCUGCCUACUCCAACAGCAAGCCUCGACAAGAGGCGCCUGUCUUCCUACUCUUCUUGGACUGUGUCUGGCAGAUCCUUCGCCAGUUUCCAUGCUCCUUUGAGUUCAGUGAGAGCUUUCUGGUUCUUCUGUUCGAACAUGCCUAUGCGUCUCAGUUUGGCACCUUCCUGGGUAACAGCACAGCUGAGAGAUCAAAACUGUCUCUGUCUGAGAAGACCGUGUCCCUCUGGUCGUGGGUUAAUCGGCCCCAAGAACUGGAGCGUUUGACCAACCCGCUUUACGAGCCCAACAGUCUUGUGAUCUGGCCCUCUGUGGCCCCUCAGAGCCUGCUUCUAUGGGAAGGAGUGUUUCUACGCUGGAACCGCUCCUCCAAGUGUUUUGACGAAGCCUAUGAGGAAAUGGUUCAUAUAAUUGAAUACAACAAGGAACUUCAGAACAAAGUAAACAGCCUGCGCAGGCAGCUGGCCGAGCUUGAAACUGAAGAUCCUCUGCUGCAGACGCCCUAGAGAGAGAAAGAGAGUGAGGAGGUGUGAAAGGAAACAAGCAGGUAGAAAGAGGUAGAAAAUGUGAAAUUAUAAACUUAUACACAAAAUGGUCAGUGUCAAACUAGUAUAAGGCUUUGCUUAGGUUUAACAUUUGCCUAGAUAUACAAUCCAAACAAAAAUCAUUUUGAGUAAUGGUUAUAACAUUUGCAAAUUUGAUUUCCUGCACUGACAGCAUAUUAAAUUCAACAACCAUAAUCCUGGCGUAACAUACAGAUUAUAUAACUAUAAAAAGGUUUGUUGUGUCCAUACUCUAAUAACCAGAUUGCACUCCGUCCCCCUUUAGCUGUCCUAGGCCUCAUGUCGUAUCACACUGUCUCAAAGAUUUUAAAGAUUACUGUACAUUUUGGGGCAUUGAUCUUGUUUAUAAAGUAGACAACCUACUUUGAAUGUUGAUUUACAGGGUACCACACGUUUUCCUCAUACAUCCUGCUGAAUAUAUAUAUGCCGCUGAGGCACUGCAGAGUAACUAUGGCAACAUAUAAGGUGCUAUAAGGCAGCAUGUGACUUUGCUGCACGUUGAGAUGACAUAAUCAGCGUAGGUAGGGUCAGCGCCUACUGUUCUGUUGAAUGAAAAAGGCGGAUGGUUUGACAAGGACCUGACCAGAAUAUAUUGAUUCUUCUCAUGUUUAUUGAAUGAUUACCAUACAUUCCAGUAUGUAAUGUAGCCAGAAGCAUAAAGAAAGAUUUAUUCAACACAAUGUUAUAUAAAGUUUCAGUUAGCCUGCCUGGUGAUGUUUGGUCAGUACAACCUGAUUGUGUAAAAUAGCUAAGAACAUGUCUGAGUGAUUGAUGCAGCAAAUAGAAGUUAAUGUGAUCAUGUCUUGCCUUUACAGAGUUGAUCACAUAGACUGCUGUCAGCUUAUAAAGUUAAAAUGUUUUAUUAAAGUGAGACGUUACUCUUAAGAGUCUUUUUAAUGAAAGAUAUAAUAGCUACCAUGUUUAAGAUCAUAAUAAAACAAAAUGCAUAUCUGCUUUUUUCAAGUUUACAUCCAAAUCUGAUGAAUCUCAUCUGAAAGGCAUUAACAUUAUCAGUAACAUAACCACAUAUAGAAUUGUUAAUCUUGUUAGCAUGUUUUGUUGUCAAAGUCAGCUGCUGGAGCUGUUUAAGAAAGUUAAAUAAUGAAACAGAUCCAGCAGAUGUAACUAAAGCUAGGUUGGUUCACAUACAGAGACACUGUGUCAUGGGAACAUUGACACCAGUGUCAGUGCCAGAGUCUCACACCCUAAGCUAAAAUUUUCCCAUCAGCCUUUGGCUCAAGUCCAGGAACUGCAAGGACACAUAAAAACAUAUCUGAACAUUUCUUAAAUCACCUGCAUCGUUUUUGCAUGCUAAAGCACAGUUUGUCUCCUGUAGCUCUCACAAGUAUUGCAUACUGUAGAGAAAGCUUUAUACAGCACUUUAAGUAAAAAUGUGGCAAGUUGGGGUACAACUAAAUCCAGCAUUCAUCCAUAUAGAUAACUGCUUGUUUUUCCUGUAAAGCUGUGUUUUAUCUUCUUGCUUCAUAUCAUCGUAUAUUUAUAAAAUUUGUAGCUUCAGAAUGAUUAAAUAAUCACACUAAACUGAACUGAUUCCUGCCACUACACUUAACUUUACAUAACAGGGGUAACUACAUAUAGCUGUACUGAAAACAUGUUUCACUUUUUCCAAAGGGACACAUUGCCAACUAUUAUUUGUGUGCAUGAAUAGAACAGUUACUUAAAUAAAAGUAAAAAUAUGAGUUGCAUACAUACAGAUGUCCUGUAUGUGCAUAGUGCAUUAUAAUAACUUUAAGUAAUCAUUGCUUUAAAAUCAAUGAAAGUCUGAGAGAUUGUCAGCAGAAGGGACAAUGAUGCUUCUGUCUGUUGUGUUAUCAGCUUUGUUCAAUGCCUUACUGCAGAAUGAAAAUAGUGCUAUUAUCACUGCUGUUCAGGUGUCUAUAAAAUUGUUAUUAAAAGUUUUUUUAAAGGUUUCAAGCCAUUAAAGAUUACAGCACAAAAUUUAUUAAUGUAUUGUUGUCCAUUGGUUCACCGGGUCUUCACACAUUCAGAUGCUGAUAUCAAUUACAUGCUCAUUACCUUUCUAGACAUUUCAUUGACCAUAA